AGGAGCCGCUGGGAUUCGUGACGUCAACCUGGAAUGAGGGAGUGAAUGUUCCGGGUCAGAAACUGGACGGAGGAGGAAAUAAACUCCGGGAUAAGAAAAACACGAAAUAAACGCAACGAAACAGACAUGUGACCGCUUACAAAGAAAGAUACGGGACAUUUAUCAGCCUUACAGUAAAGAUGUUGCGAGAAAGGUGAAAAAGCGGAAGGAAAAACUCCAGGGAUCAAAGCAGAAGUGGAGCGCGACGUUUUUAUUCCAUGUUUCAGUGCGCGAUACAUUUGCGUUGGGGAUCGAUAUAUUUGUAUCCGACACUAGUUGCUUUGGCGCUCUUUCACUGUUCCUAGUAUCUCCCGCUUGUGUGUUUUAGUUUGGAUUGCUGUGGCAACUUUUCCAGCAGAACGGAUUUAUCUAGGGCUAGGAUCGCCAUCCCGUGAUGUUUAACUGUAUCCCCCUGUGGCGGUGCAACCGUCACAUCGAGUCGAUCGAUAAGCGCCACUGCUCGCUGCUCUUCGUCCCGGAUGAGAUCUAUCGCUGCAGAGCGAGUUUGGAAGAGCUUUUACUGGACGCCAACCAGCUCCGGGAUUUGCCCAAGCCAUUUUUCAAUUUGACUAAGCUGAGAAUACUUGGCCUAAGUGACAAUGAGAUCCAGCGGCUGCCGGGAGAUAUUGCUAACUUCAACCAGCUCGUAGAGCUAGACAUCUCUCGAAAUGACAUUAUGGAACUCCCUGAGAGCAUUUCAUAUUGUAAAACCCUCCAAGUAGCAGAUUUUAGUGGAAAUCCUUUGACAAGGUUGCCAGAAAGCUUUACAGAAUUACGCAAUUUAACAUGCCUUUCCAUCAAUGACAUUGCUUUACAAGUACUUCCAGAAAACAUUGGAAACCUCUGUCACUUGGUAUCACUGGAACUCCGAGAGAACUUGCUGACAUUUUUACCAGAGUCUCUGUCUCAGCUUCAGAAACUUGAAGAACUGGAUGUUGGAAGCAAUGAACUGUAUAAUUUGCCUGAGACAAUAGGCUGUCUUGUCAGUCUGAAAGACCUGUGGCUGGACGGAAACCAGCUGUCUGAACUACCACCGGAGCUGGGGAGUAUGAGAAGCCUUACCUGUCUGGAUGUAUCUGAGAACAAGAUAGAGCACCUCCCAGAGGAGAUGGGGAACCUCCUCUCCCUCACUGACUUCCUGGUGUCCCAGAACCUCAUAGACAUGCUGCCGGAGAGCUUAGGAAAAUUAAGACGGCUUUCAAUAUUGAAAGCAGAUCAAAACAGAUUAGUCCAUCUGCCGGAGAGCAUAGGCAACUGUGAAAGCCUGACAGAACUAGUGCUGACAGAAAACCAAUUGGUGAGUUUGCCAAGAAGUAUUGGAAAACUAAAGAAACUGUCCAACUUCAACUGUGAUCGGAAUCGUCUAAUGUCUUUACCAAAAGAGGUAUGCCAUCCUAGUCAUUGGGCCUUCCUUAUUCACGAAACACAGGCAGAACAUUUCAUAAGGCGGCAGGCUUAGGUGACAUAACUGUAACAUAGUUAUUUCCAAUAGUUUUUUCCCCCAUAAACUACACAAAUGUAAAUUUGUAUCUGCUCUUCGUGUUACUGUGCUAGUGUUAAAACGUACAACCUGUAUAUUUUGUUCCAACCAAAGUCACUUAAAUACACAUCGAAUUGUAGUUCUUAGUUUAAAUAAUCAUUUAAAACAUCUUACUUACACUUCACACUCCAUGGGUGGCAGUGUGUGUUUACUGUACAUAUGCAGUUAAUACAGUGGUGCCUACGGCAAAUUCUCAGUAACUGUUCUGAUACAUUUGGAACUAGUUUUUCUUGCUUUUGCUAGUUUACCCUUUCACUAUAUAUUUAGAGUAUGUAGAGACGAGUUGAGCAACACUCUCCCAGAGUUACUGAAGGUCAAAGUGAAGUGAUGUGUUGCUAAGUGUGGUGACCCAUACUCAGAAUUUAUGCUCUGCAUUUAACCCAUCCUAGUGCACACUAGUGUUGGGCCGAUAGACGAUGCCAUCGUAAUGCCCCCCCUGGCCCUGCCCCUUUUUGAAUGCACAAUAAUUUUUUAGUUUCACUAUCACUCAAGAUUCGUGAUCGCACUGUUAUGAUUUAUGAUAUUUUGAUCUUGAAAUCAUGUGCAGUUUGAACAGCCUUAAUCAUGCUGCUCUUAGAAUUUACAGUCCUUUGUCUUUAAGAUUAAAAUUCUCCAUGAUAACAGCGCUUUUCUAAAAUAUGAUGUUCACAUUCAGAGUGUUUAAAUAGUAAGACUUUGCCUCCUUUGUUAAAACUCUCUCAAAACCUCUUGUUUUGCCUCUUGCUUGAAGCAAUAGCUCAAACUUGCAUUGGCUUAAGUACAUAAA